AUGUCUCAAAGUGACCUGAUGAGUGCGAACGGUCGUAAGCAGCAGCUGGAGACCGAGCUGUCCACCAUGCGCUCAGAGCUACGUGAUCACAAGCAACAGAUUCGUGACGCGAACACUCAAGUUUCCGAUUUGCAACGCCAACUUCAAGACGCAAACGCUAACAAGAAUCGCCUCACUGAUAAGAUUCAUGAACUCGAUAGGGUACCAUUUUUUGCCGAUUCUUCUCGCCUCACACCUGACCGACUGAAGCUAGUCACUGACAUCGCAGUGUCAUCUUAA